AUGGGGAGUUUGGGAGAAGAAGAUCUAGAAAAGCUUGUGCUCGACUAUAUUGAGUCUUCGAUCAUCGUCCCCGAUCAUAUGGAGAAGUCUUCAACUGCUCUAGUAACCCUUCAGGAGAUUCUUGAGACGAAAGGAGAAAAGGAAAAGAAGAUGGAAGACAAGGUUAAGUCGUUUAUCAGGAGAAGAAAAUUAUCAUACGAAGGAGACGAUGAGAAGAGAGACGUGAUGAAAAGGAUAGUAUCUAAGCUCAGAUCUGAUGGUUACAAUGCUUCUAUCUAUGGAACCUCGUGGGAUUCUUCUUUUGAUCGCCGUAAAGGAUGUAGUAGAAUGUUUAGGUGUACCAGAAAGUACGAGUACAUUGAGGUCAUGGUGGCAAGUGAACAGGACGGUGAUGACGGAAGCAAGGAACGUCUGAUAAUUGAUCUUGAUUUCAAGUCUCAGUUUGAGUUAGUGAAGCAGACUGAAAGUUACAAAGACGUGACUCAGAUGCUUCCGACAGUGUUUGUGGCAACAGAGGAGAGACUCAAAAGAGUUGUUUCGUUAAUUUGUGGUGAGAUGAAAGAGUCCAUGAAGAAAGAAGGAAUGUCUAGACCUCCAUGGAGGACUACGAGAUACAUGCUAGCCAAGUGGCUACCUGAGAACCGUUUGACAGUCUCUGGUUCUAAGAAAGGAUCUUGGUCUAUGUUUGAUGAUGGUGAAGGAGGUGAAGCUGUUAAGACAACGAGUGCUAUUGGUUUGAAAACUACGUGUGGACAGUCAGAGAGAGUGCUCAAGAGCCAAACAAAAAAAGAAAGAGAAGGACGAUGA